AUGAUGGAAGCAACGAAAUCGGAUCUAAGAGACUUGUGGCUUCUCGAUGUUCCGAGAGAAUUCCGUGGCCAGAUUGAAGAGUUUUUCCUGGCUCAAAAAAGGUUGGUGGCGAUUUAUUUGUUUUCAAUCACAAGUUUUGUUUGUUUUUCAGAGCUCGAAUUGACGAAGAUUUGCACGAUGAUCUGGAUGUUUUAGAUUCAAUUCCAGUUGUUCUUCCAUUGGUUGUUUAUUCGACUGGAGAAAUCAAUUCAAUUAAACAUACGAGCAUAGUUUUGACACUUUGCAAUUAUAUCAAAAUUCAUGUUCGUUUUUUGUGUCCGAGUAAAUUUCCAGUCGAAGGAGAAGAACAUAAAAAAGGAACUGUUAUUGAAAGAUAUUUCAAUCAAACUAAACUUGAUGAUGUUUAUGAUGAAGAUGGGGAUUAUAUGAAAGUUUCGGCUAAAUGGUUUAUGGAUUUGAUUUCGUGUAGCGAAGUUCAUUUUGAUUCUGUUAGUAUGUAUGCGGUAAGUUGAAUUUUCUUUCCAAAAAAAAUUUAAACUAAACUCAAAAAAAAAACUCAAAAUAAAAAAAAACACACGAGGACUAGAUUUACAUCCUUUUUACAUCCUAGUCCCCCGGGUUGUUUCCUGUUUUUCCGAUGUUUUCCGAAGUUACGGAGCAUUCUUUUUUUUUUUAACUUUCAUUUAUAGAAAUAAUUGUAAUUUUUACAGACAAGUCGAUGUGAUUUUCCUGUUCGUUUAUGCAAAACCAAAAAAUUGGAUAUAAAUUUGUCAUCUUUGAAAAAAGACCCAGAAUUAUUAUCAUGGUGGAUCCAAAGAUUCGAAUCGCCAAUUCAACAAGUCAGAAUAAGUUCAGGAUUUCAAAACUCGACAAACGUUGCUGAUCUUCCACAACUUUUAACCGCUAAAAAAUUAACAAUCGAAGGACAAUUCGAUAUUUUUGAUGAUUUCUAUGCAAAAAUGGAACUCAAGUCAUUUUUCUGUCACGAGGAUUAUAAACUUCCAUCACAUAUCACAGUCGCAGGAUUGAAGGAAAUGUUUUUGGUUAGUUUUUUCCAGUUUGAAACAAAAAUAUUAAUUUUUCAAAUUUAGAAAUGGUUUUCUUCAUACGAAAAAGAAGAUUUGGCUUUUGAUGCAAGAUUGAAUAUUACACCGGAUAAUAUUCGAGAAAUUGUCAGUUUUUUGAAAGGAGUAUUUCCAGAAUGUUCAAGUGAAAAUACCGGCGACUAUUAUCAUUUUAUUGGAAAAGUCAAAGAAUUUCAAUUUUGGUUCAAAAGUUCUGCGGGUAGACUGAAAGCUGAACUCAUUCAUGAUAUGGAUGUGAAAUUUGUUCUUGAAUCACAUGAAAAAACUAUUGUUGAAACAUUAAAUACUUUUUGUUAA